AUGCAAUACCCACAACUUUGUCGCCUCCACCACGAGGAUGCACUCUGCCUUUUUGGCAAGCCCAGCAAGCGACAAAGGUAUGGACCCCUCUCGACAGGGGGGGGGAUAGAGGAACCACCCAAAGACACUCUCGGCGGCUUCGUAGGCGGCAGCGACACCAUCUCCAGCCGGGACCUGGACGUGACGGACGAGGGCGAGUGCGGUCAUGGGGUGCAUAGGCAAGGUACCGGUGAUGACGCGGCGAUGGCUGCAUGGGAGGCACACCGCCGGCGACUGCAGGAGUCUCAUGAUAGGCGGCGGAGGGCCCUGGGAAAUCCUUUGGCACGCCCAGCCCUCACAGCUCCGCGCGGGCCUCGCCUGGCCCAAAGGAAGGAACAGAGACAGAGAGCUCGGGCGGAAGUGCAGCAAUGGAGUCCAGCGGGGACCCAGCCCUCGAGGCAGGAGGGGGGGCAGCAGAACUGGCUGUUGGGGGAGGCCCAGAAGCCACAAGCAAGGGAGCAGCAAGUGCGGCCGGCGGGAGGGCAGCAGGAGCUGCCGGCGAGAGGGGAGCAGCAGCUGCUGGCGAGAGGGGAGCAGGAGCUGCCGGCGAGAGGGGAGCAGGAGCUGCCGGCGAGAGGGCAGCAAGAGCCGCAGGCAAGAGGGCGGCAGGCGCGGUCGGCAGGCGAGCAGCAGGUACUGCCGAAGGGAGAGCAGCAGGAGUGGCCGGCGGGAGGGCAGCUGGAGCUGCCGGCGGGGGGGCAGCAGGAGCUGCAGGCAGGAGGGCAGCGGGAGGUGCCAGCGGGAGGGCAGCAGGAGGUGCCAGCGGGAGGGCAGCAGGAGGUGCCAGCGGGAGGGCAGCAGGAGGCGUUGGCGAGAGGGCAGCAGGAGGUGCCGGCGAGAGGGCAGCAGGAGGUGCCGGCGAGAGGGCAGCAGGAGGUGCCGGCGAGAGGGCAGCAGGAGCUGUCGGCUGGGGGGCAGCAAAUGGUAGAAGUGGAGAUGGCCGAGCUACAGCCAGAGGUGCAGCAGGACCACUCGAGGAACCGGGCCCGGCCACACGCAGGAGGGCAGCAGGAGCCGCCCGGGGGAGAGCAGCGUGAGCUGCCAAGGGAAGAGCAGCAGGAGAUGCCGGCAAGGGAGCAGCAAGCAAGGGAGCAGCAAGCGGUAGAAGUGGAGAUGGCCGAGCUACAGCCAGAGUCACAGCAGGACCAAUCGGGAAACCAGGCCUGGCCACAGGCAGGAGGGCAGCAGGGGCCGCCCGGGGGAGAGCAGCUUGAGCUGCCAAGGGAAGAGCAGCAGAAGCCGCCGGGGGUGGGGCAGCUGCCGGCAAGGGAGCAGCAAGCGGUGGAUGUGGAGAUGGCCGAGCUACUGCCAGAGGUGCAGCAGGACCAAUCAGGGAACCAGGUCCGGCUGCAGGCAGGAGGGCAGCAGGAGCUGCCGGGGGAGGAGCGGCAGGAGCUGCCAACAGGAGGGCAGCUGGGGCUGUCGGGGGGAGGGCAGCAGGAGCUGUCGGAGGGGGAGCGGCGGGAGCUGCCGGCGCGGGGGCAGCUGGAGGUCGCUAGUGCGGACUCUACAAGCCAAGCGAAGAGAACCCAAACACGGGGCCGAGGCGGGAGACGACACGCCCGUAAGACGCAAGGCCGAACUGGAAGCGGAGCUGCCGCCCAGCAGGCGGAGGGGCAGCCGGGGGCGACCGAGACACCCCCGGGAGCUCUGCGGGUGGGGGGGCAGCCCUGGGUGCCCGGGGCGCCCCAAGGAGAGCAGCAGCCAGGGGGACAGCCGGGGGUGCCCGGGGCACCCCAGGGAGUGCAGCAGGCAGGGGGGCAGCCGGGGGUGCCCGGGGCACCCCAGGGAGUGCUGCAGGCAGGGGGGCAGCCGAGGGUGCCCGGAGCACCCCAGGGAGUGCAGCAGGCAGGGGGGCAGCCAGGGGUGCCCGGGGCACCCCAGGGAGUGCAGCAGGCAGGGGGGCAGCCGGGGGUGCCCGGGGCUCCCCAGGGAGUGCAGCAGGCAGGAGGGCAGCUGAGGGUGCCCGGGGCACCCCAGGGAGCGCAGCAGGCAGGAGGGCAGCCGAGGGUGCCCGGGGCACCCCAGGGAGUGCAGCAGGCAGGAGGGCAGCCGAGGUUGCCCGGGGCACCCCAGGGAGCGCAGCAGGCAGGAGGGCAGCAGGGGGUGCCCGGGGCACCCCAGGGAGUGCAGCAGGCAGGAGGGCAGCCGAGGGUACCCGGAGCACCCCAGGGAGGGCAGCAGGCAGGGGGGCAGCCGAGGGUGCCCGGGGCACCCCAGGGAGUGCAGCAGGCAGGGGGGCAGCCGGGGGUGCCCGGGGCUCCCCAGAGAGUGCAGCAGGCAGGAGGGCAGCUGAGGGUGCCCGGGGCACCCCAGGGAGCGCAGCAGGCAGGAGGGCAGCCGAGGGUGCCCGGGGCACCCCAGGGAGUACAGCAGGCAGGAGGGCAGCCGAGGGUGCCCGGGGCACCCCAGGGAGUGCAGCAGGCAGGAGGGCAGCAGGGGGUGCCUGGGGCACCCCAGGGAGUGCAGCAGGCAGGAGGGCAGCCGAGGGUACCCGGAGCACCCCAGGGAGUGCAGCAGGCAGGAGGGCAGCCGAGGGUGCCCGGGGCACCCCAGGGAGUGCAGCAGGCAGGGGGGCAGCUGGGGGUGCCCGGGGCACCCCAGGGAGUGCAGCAGGCAGGAGGGCAGCCGAGGGUGCCCGGGGCACCCCAGGGAGCGCAGCAGGCAGGAGGGCAGCCGGGGGUGCCCGGGGCACCCCAGGGAGUGCAGCAGGCAGGGGGGCAGCCGGGGGUGCCCGGGGCACCCCAGGGAGUGCAGCAGGCAGGGGGGCAGCCGGGGGUGCCCGGGGCACCCCAGGGAGUGCAGCAGGCAGGAGGGCAGCCGAGGGUGCCUGGGGCACCCCAGGGAGUGCAGCAGGCAGGAGGGCAGCCGAGGGUGCCCGGGGCACCCCAGGGAGUGCAGCAGGCAGGAGGGCAGCCGGGGGUGCCCGGGGCACCCCAGGGAGUGCAGCAGGCAGGGGGGCAACCGGGGGUGCCCGGGGCACCCCAGGGGGUGCAGCAGGCAGGGGGGCAGCCGGGGGUGCCCGGAGCACCCCAGGGAGUGCACACCCCAGGGAGUGCAGCAGGCAGGAGGGCAGCCGGGGGUGCCCGGGGCAUCCCAGGGAGUGCAGCAGGCAGGAGGGCAGCCGAGGGUGCCCGGGGCACCCCAGGGAGUGCAGCAGGCAGGAGGGCAGCUGAGGGUGCCCGGGGCACCCCAGGGAGUGCAGCAGGCAGGAGGGCAGCAGGGGGUGCCUGGGGCACCCCAGGGAGUGCAGCAGGCAGGAGGGCAGCCGAGGGUACCCGGAGCACCCCAGGGAGUGCAGCAGGCAGGAGGGCAGCCGAGGGUGCCCGGGGCACCCCAGGGAGUGCAGCAGGCAGGGGGGCAGCUGGGGGUGCCCGGGGCACCCCAGGGAGUGCAGCAGGCAGGAGGGCAGCCGAGGGUGCCCGGGGCACCCCAGGGAGCGCAGCAGGCAGGAGGGCAGCCGGGGGUGCCCGGGGCACCCCAGGGAGUGCAGCAGGCAGGGGGGCAGCCGGGGGUGCCCGGGGCACCCCAGGGAGUGCAGCAGGCAGGGGGGCAGCCGGGGGUGCCCGGGGCACCCCAGGGAGUGCAGCAGGCAGGAGGGCAGCCGAGGGUGCCUGGGGCACCCCAGGGAGUGCAGCAGGCAGGAGGGCAGCCGAGGGUGCCCGGGGCACCCCAGGGAGUGCAGCAGGCAGGAGGGCCGCCGGGGGUGCCCGGGGCACCCCAGGGAGUGCAGCAGGCAGGGGGGCAACCGGGGGUGCCCGGGGCACCCCAGGGAGUGCAGCAGGCAGGGGGGCAGCCGGGGGUGCCCGGAGCACCCCAGGGAGUGCAGUAGGCAGGAGGGCAGCCGAGGGUGCCCGGGGCACCCCAGGGAGUGCAGCGGGCAGGUGGGGAGCCAGGGGUGCCCGGAGCACCCCAGGGAGUGCAGCAGGCAGGAGGGCAGCCGGGGGUGCCCGGGGCAUCCCAGGGAGUGCAGCAGGCAGGAGGGCAGCCGAGGGUGCCCGGGGCACCCCAGGGAGUGCAGCAGGCAGGAGGGCAGCUGAGGGUGCCCGGGGCACCCCAGGGAGUGCAGCAGGUAGGAGGGCAACCGAGGAUGCCUGGAGCACCCCAGGGAGAGCAGCAGGCUGGGGGGCAGCCGGGGGUGACCGGAGCACCCCAGGGGGAGCAGCAGCUAGGGGGGCAGCCGGGGGUGACCCGAGCACCCCAGGGCGAGCAGCAGGCAGGGGAGCAGCCGGGGGUGACCGGAGCACCCCAGGGAGUGCAGCUGGCAGGAGGGCAGCCGAUGGUGCCUGGGGAACCCCAGGGAGUGCAGCAGGCAGGAGGGCAGGGAGUGCAGCAGGCAGGAGGGCAGCCGAGGGUGCCCAGAGCACCCCAGGGAGAGCAGCAGGCAGGGGGGCAGCCGGGGGUGACCGGGGCACCCCAGGGAGCGCAGCAGCCAGGGGGGCAGCCGAGGGUGCCCUGGCACCCCAAGGAGCGCAGCAAGCAGGGGGGAGAUCGAUGGACGACCAGGAGCAACAGUUGGAGGAGUGGUGUCGACUUCUGGAGCUUGAUACCCCCAUGGCGACUGCGGAGGAGUCAGAGGCGGACGAAGAACCUCCCAUGCCGCCUUCCCCAUGCCCCCGCUUCCCGUGCGACACGUGUUUCCACACUUUCGCUACGCGGGGGGCCGCUGCGAACCACAUGAGGGUAUGCCGAGCGGCUGAGGCGGAGAGGCGUGCACAGGCUCUCGGCUCGAUUCCGUCUCUGGUGGAGGCCGACACGCAGGAGCGAUCGACGCCGCGGGAAUUUGGGGACGAGGCGUGGGCUGGGGUUACGUCAUGGGAAUGGGAAACAUUUUUCAGUGUGGAGGCGGUUGGAGGGAGGACAGUUCGCCGGAUCCCACAGCGGGCCAGGUCGGGGGUCUUAGACGCGCUCUGUUGCAUCCUUAAGCGCUUGAAGAGCCAGCCGGGAGAUGAAGCCGCUACCCUCCUACUCUUGGCGUUUCCGCGCCUCAUCCUAGCCAUGCCUCCCAAGCCAGGCAUAGGUCAGAAGGCGCUGAUCACAGAGCGGUUGGGUGCGUUCUGGGAGGGGAGGUGGCGGGAGCUGUUCGACUCUACCAUGGCGGCAGCGCGGCCAGCAGUUCGCCCACUUUCCUACACUCGCUCUGAUCAUGACCCGGAUGCCAUCCGCCUGUCACGGUGCCGAUCUCGGUGCAAAGUGGGGGAGUGGAGCCGAGGAUUGGCCUGCCUUACAGCAGGGGAGUUGGGUCGACCGUCUGAGGUCAUGGUGCAGUCGCUGCGAGAGAAGCACCCGGCUAGCGCAGGCGAGGUACCACAGUGGGUCCGCGAUUUCAUCAUCGAUACCGCUCAGCGGCCUUCACUCACGACCGACAUCCUGGCCAGAGCUAUCCAUACAGCCGCUCGAGCCUCAGCAGCAGGGCCAUCGGGGUGGGUCACAGAGCAUCUGCGCGACACCUUCCUCACUGAACCUACCUGCCUCUCCCACCUGUUGGAAGUGUUCAACCAAUGGGUGGCGGGACAGGUCCCCGAGCGGGCUCGGCCGUGGCUCGCCGCAUCCAACCUAGUCGGGCUUUCCAAGCCUAACGGCGACGUCCGGCCGGUGGCGAUCGGGGAGGUGGUUCCUCGUAUCCUUGCUCGAGCUCUCUGCAUCUCGCUCCGCCCUUCGACGCAGCAGGUGAUGGAGCCGGUUACUAGGGAGUUCAAGGACCUGCUUUUCCUCAGCUAUGUAGACGAUACCUAUAUUUUGGGGCCAGCAGCUAGGAUUCUAGAGGCUUUUGGGGUGCUGCGGGAGCGGUUGGAGUGGGUAGGGCUGGAGGUGCAGGCGCACAAGUGCCGGUUUUGGGAGCGCGAGGGCAAGGAGGUGGAGCGGGCACUGCCAUUGGGGAUGCAGCGGGUGGAUGAGGGUCUUACUGUGGUGGGCGUGCCUAUUGGAGAGGAGGUUUGGGAGGUGGUCCGGCUACGGGAGCGGCUUCGACAAUUGCAGGCGCCACUGCCAUGGCUCCCCUUGCUCGACCACCCCCAGAUGGCUUCACACCUCCUCGCCAUUGCAGUUUCAGCGCGGCCGAUGUACCUCGCCCGGACUAUGCCGCCGCGUCCGGAGGUGGCUGAGGCUUUUAGGGAUUGGGACAGCUGUUUAGAGGAUUGCUUUGAGCAACUUUUCCCACCUGGCACUUGGGAGCAGGACCCCGACCGGUCUAGGCGCGCACGCAUGCAGCUGCAUCUCCCUGUGCGUCUCGGUGGGUUCGGGAUCCGGGCGGCGGCCUCUUUGAGCCCACUGUCCUAUGUUUGCGGGUGGGCGCAGGCCGCGCGGGACAUUGCACAGUUAGAGGUGGCGGGUGAGGAGGCGAUGUUUGCUGAGUACCUCACCACUUCGACAGGGGCAGAGUUUCUUGACCCGUGGUUUGUCAAGGCUCUCGAGCAGCUGCCAGCGACUAUCCGCCACGAGAUACCGGGCUUACCUCUGUGUGUAGCGGCCCCUCCUGUUCGGCUUUUCCAGGCGUGUCAGCGGCAGUUAGCUGUAGAGGAGCUCCAGGCACUGCGCCGCUUGGCUCGUGACGAUGCUACCUUGGCCCGUUUCACAUCCCUUCAGGGCCCGGGGGCAGGUGCAUGGGUUUCGGCGGUUCCGGCUCCCUCAGAUCUCACAUUCACUGCGGCUGAGUGGGGCAUUGCUGCUGCUAUACGGCUCGGCCUCCCAAUUCAGCAGCUGCAGGUGGCGGGGAGGUGUGUUUGUGGCACAGCGUAUGUUGACCCAGCAAACCCGCACCAUGCCCUGAGAUGCAGGCACCAGCAUGGUCCUUCUCGGGUGCAUGAUGAGGUGAAGUUUGCGGUGGCGAAAAUCUCUAAGGCGUCGGGGGGGGUGGUGACAUUGGAGGAUAGUGUGGUACUGCAAAGGAAGCGGGUUGCUGUGGCGUUGCGACGUCCAUUGGCUGGAGAGGCUCACGCCCUAGAGAUCAGCGUCGCGGACCCGCUAUCGCUGUCUCCAUCACUGCUGGGACAGUGCGGGCGUCAAAUAGGGUCACUGAAGGCGCUCAUCGGGGUGGCGUUACAACGUGCGCAAGCCCGUGUCAUCCUGCUUCGAGCGGCGUCUUCCAUGGGGGGGAUUAACGUAGAUUUGGCGGAUCGGGAGAGGGACGAUGUCGAUGUGGAAGGCGGGGCUCUCUGGGUGGAGGCCCCGUACAUGUCUCCCGCCACAUCCGCGCAAUUCCUCGGGCGCUCUUCCGUCGACGCGCAUUCUUCCGCGCAGGCCAACCCCGCGGAGAUGGUGGCGGAGGCGGAAGCCCUGGACGGGUCUGGUACCGCCACUUCUCCUAUUACCACGAACGGCGCUGAUUUCGCCGAGAUGCGCCGGCGCGUGGGCGCCACGAGCCCGGAUAUUCUGCACGAGAUCGACGGUUGGGAUGAGCCGAGACGAGUCGAGGCGUAUCGUGUGAUUGGGGAGAUGGAGGCGGAGGCGAAGCGACGGCUGCAGAUCAUGCCAGGUGGGUGA